UUGAUAGCAGGUCUCCAAGCUGAUUGCAGAUGGUGGCCUCCUCUCUUAUGUCCUUGCUGUUCUGGGCUUUGUUUUUCGCUUUCUGCAGCACUGCAAAACAACAAUCGCCGCCAACGACAACAACGACGACGACGAGAACGUAACAAUCGCGGCGAGUCUUUCAACAUAGGAGCUAAGAAGCUGGCUGAGGGAAUGCCUGAGGAAGUAGUUGGAGCCCAAGAGGGGAGCACGUUCUGACUAACUGGAGAGAGAGAGAGGUCCGUCCUCCGGGGAAUGUGAGCCAUGCGGGUGGAUACUGUGCUUGUGUUCUUCAUCUGCGUCUGCCUGGUGGGCGCCGCCGGGAAGCUGGCUCGGUCGCAGGGUCACAAGCUGGAGACCUUGAAGGAAAGCAGGUCCCGAAGAGAAACAAGAAUGGAUGGAGGUUCAGGUCACAAAACAGGAAGCCCGAUCUACAAGAGAAGCCCCGACAUGACAAAAUCUCUGUUGACAAAAUCGGAGCAGCUUCUCAGAAUAGACGACCACGAUUUCACUAUGAGGCCAGCAUUUGGAGGUCCUCCCAUUCCAGUCGGAGUAGAUGUUCAGGUGGAAAGUUUGGACACCAUCUCUGAAGUGGAUAUGGACUUCACGAUGACACUCUAUCUGCGUCACUACUGGAAGGACGAGCGUCUGUCGUUCCCCAGCACCAACAACCAGAGCAUGACUUUUGACAGUCGCCUGGUGAAGAAGAUUUGGGUCCCGGACAUGUUCUUUGUCCACUCCAAGCGCUCUUUCAUCCAUGACACCACCACAGACAAUGUCAUGCUGAGGGUUUAUCCCGACGGCAACGUCCUCUACAGCCUCCGAGUCACAGUCACGGCCAUGUGCAACAUGGACCUCAGCCGCUUCCCUCUGGACACCCAGACUUGCUCACUUGAGAUCGAAAGUUAUGCGUACACGGACGACGAUCUGAUGCUUUACUGGAAGAAAGGCAACGAAUCCCUCAACACGGACGAAAGAAUAUCCCUUUCCCAGUUUCUCAUCCAGAAAUUUCACACCACCACCAAGCUGGCUUUCUACAGCAGCACAGGCUGGUACAACCGCUUGUACAUCCACUUCACCCUGCGGCGCCACAUCUUCUUCUUCUUGCUGCAGACCUACUUCCCCGCUACACUCAUGGUCAUGUUGUCUUGGGUGUCCUUCUGGAUCGACCGCAGGGCCGUACCCGCCAGAGUCCCCCUAGGCAUCACCACUGUGCUCACCAUGUCCACCAUCAUCACCGGGGUCAACGCCUCCAUGCCGCGGGUCUCCUACAUCAAGGCGGUGGACAUUUACCUGUGGGUCAGCUUUGUGUUUGUCUUCCUGUCGGUGAUAGAGUACGCCGCCGUCAACUACCUCUCCACGGUGCAGGAGAGGAAAGAGAGGAAGCUCAGAGAGAGACUGCCCUGCACGUGCGGCAUCGGCAACCCGGACGACAUGAUGAUCGACCCCCAGAUCACCGGAUACGGCACCGUGGACAUCAACACCACGGGGAACUACGGCAUGCCGGAGAACGGCGGGCGACAGGAUCGGAUUCUGGCUCAGGUGGCCCUAAACGACCCGCAGCUCACGGGCCAGGUGAAGCCCUCCAGGGGUUACGUGAACAUAUGGAUCGACACGCACGCCAUAGACAAAUACUCGCGGGUGGUCUUUCCCGGCGCUUACAUCCUCUUCAACAUCAUCUACUGGUCCAUCUAUUCGUAAGGUGCACACGCAGGAGCGUCGUCACAGCCGGUGGUGAACUGCACGGUAGGCAGUUCCGAGCUGAGAAGAACUGACACUUGGAGGACUUGCUGGAAACACCACUGGGAACAAGGACCGCCGCCUUCUCAACAACAGCCUCUAACAACUGGUGACUUGCACUGGUUCCGAUCCAUAUGCACGUGUGUGUGUGUGUGUGUGUGUGUGUGUGUGUGUGCUGUCAUGCUGUGACUGUUGUGGCGUUCACGGAAAGACGUUUGCUGUCGCUUGAUGUUCGCCUGCUAUGAGCAGCACUUUUUCAUAAAGUGCUCGAGGGAUGAACAGAUGCAACUGCUGCACAAAUAUGUUUCUGAUUAUAUAUUAUAAGCAUUCAAUGUUUUAGGGCUUUUUUUCCAAUGUUGCUCUGAGGUUUUUGUUUGGAAAAGGUAUCCUUCACAGAUGGACGGCACUAAAUGUCCAAGCUUUUUGCCUGUGCCGUCUAAUGUGGAUGGAGCAUGGGCGUCAAAGUUGAAUGAACAUUUCUGAGAAUUUCCCAUGAAGAAGGGCUCGUUUUUCGCUGCCAGCAGCAUUGAUUCUUCUUCUUCAGACAAGCCACUAAUGUGGGUAGAGUAUGGUGUCAAAGUUGAAUGAUCAAUUAAAGGAUUCAUCCAUCCAUUUUCUGUAGCGCUUCUCCUCAACUAGGCUCGCGGGCGUGCUGGAGCCUAUGAAAAAAGCUUCUUUACGGCAUUGCAGCUUUAAUCAUCAGAAUUUUUCUAAUGACUUAGUCCCCUUUUUGGGGACCUGACUCAUGUGUAACCUGGUGAAAAUGCAUGUACUGUAUUUUAAGGGCACCUCACAGCAACUCCCCGAGGUCACAAUAGCGCCCUUGGGAAGUUAGAAAACAUUUUUUUUUUUUCCUGUGGCCAGUUUUACUGAUCAACAAGAAAUUGGGUGGACAUGUCUAUAAUCGCAAAACAGAAGAAAAAGUCUCAAGGACCCAUGCCCAAAAUUGAACAAUCUGCAAUUUUUGGGCAAAUUCCAGGGCUCAUACUUUGCUGAACUCCAGCCAUACAUUUUCUAUUGUGCAUUUCCUCAUUUGGGUUACGGGUGAGCCGGAGUCUAGCCCAGCUGACUUUGGGGCGAGAAGUGGGUACACUGUGGUUUGGUCAAUUGUGUGGCAGAUAUAAACAAAGCACCAUUCACAUGUAUGGCAAAUUUAGAGCCUGCCUGCCUGCAUGUUUUUGGGAUGUGGGCGGAAGCAUGUGAACAACACAAACUCUACACACGAGGACCUGAGCCGAGAUCUAAAUACACAACCUCUCGACUUUGUGGUAGAUGUGCUAACUGUCGAAGUUUAAUGUUCACUUCAAGGAGUUGCAGUGAAAGAGUGAGCUUUUUCACCGCUUGUAGCAUUAUUUUCUUUUUAGAAUUGCCUAGCAGAAGGUUCCAAACCGCUGAAUGAGAACGUUGAUAGGCACUACAUCACCUCUUUCUGCACACUUGCCAAUCAGUCACACAACACUAAACCUCCUCAUGACAAUCAGCACGUGAAAUAUGACUCCAUGUAUGUUUCCUUGUGUGACUUUUGUAUCAGUGCUGUGAAGCUACCGCAUUGCAUCUUCGUGAUUGGACAAUGUUUCGUUAAAAAAAUGAUUACAAUUGUAAAGAAAAAAAUAAUAAUAAAACACACACACACAAAAGAGGGAAACACCUGCUGCUGUACUCACUCAUUAAAAUGACUUUAGUUCUUCUUUAUAAUACAAGGACAGCUUGUGUUCUCUGUUGGCUGUUGUGAAGCUUUGAGGUUCACUGUGAUCCUGCCUAGAUGCUUACACUCAAAAGAUACUUUGCUGGUUUAUGAACAAAUCUCCCGCCCCCCAAAAAAAAGAAAGAAAAAGAAAUACAGGUACUGUAUUAAACCUUUACUCUGACAUGGUACGUGUGAGAUGUUGU